AUGAUUGUGCUGCUCCUUACUGUGCUGAUGGUCCCUGGCGCUGGGACCCAUGCUCUGGACACCCCACACUUUCCCCAGGAGUUGCCUCCAGGACUCUCAAAACAUUUCAAUACCACAUUCUUCAAUGGGAUGUUUAAAAAUGCAGAAAGCUUGGCUGAAAUUUUUGACUGCCUGGGCCCCCGCUUCACCUGGCUGCAGGCCGUCUUCACCAACUUCCCUCUGCUGCUCCAAUUCGUGCAUGGAAUGAAGUGUGUCGCUGACCUCUGUCCCCGGGACUUUGAAGACUAUGGCUGCACCUGCAGGUUUGAGAUGGACGGACUGCCGAUGGAUGAGACUGACCGCUGCUGCUUCCAGCACCGCAGGUGCUAUGAGGAGGCCUCUGAGGUGGACUGUCUCCAGGACCCCGCCAGGCUCAGCACAAACGUCGACUGCGUCAGCAAGGAGGUCACUUGCGAGUCUGCAGACCCCUGUGGGCACCUGCUGUGCACCUGUGACAAGGCUGCCAUCCAGUGCCUGGCUCAGGCCAGCAUCAACUCCUCCCUGAACCUCCUGGACUCCUCCUCGUGCCUGGCUCAGACUCCAGAGACGAGCAGCAGGAGAGAGACCACCGCCCUGCCGCCUGGAGUGGUUCUUGCAGAACUCACAGAUUCCAGCCUGACAGCCAUCUCAGGAGAAGAGCCAGGCCAAGACCUAGAAGGCACAGAGGCUGCUCUGGCCACACCCCCUCCAGGCUCUGCAGAGGUGGUUGCUACAUCCGAAGAGGUCACCGUUGUCCCUGCUGGCGUUGAAUCUUCGCGGUUAGUGGUGCCAUCCACUGCAAGUGGACCCGAGGAGGCAACUGGAAAAGUCUGUGACAGACUCACCUUCCUGCAUCUGCGGAGCGGGGACGACACGCAGGUGAUGCUGCCGCUUGGAGAGAUGCUCUUCUGUCUGACGUCCCGGUGCCCCGAGGAAUUUGAAUCUUACGGCUGUUACUGUGGACGAGAAGGGAGAGGCGAGCCGAGGGAUGCCCUGGACAGGUGCUGCCUGUCCCACCACUGCUGCCUGGAGCGCGUGAGGAGGCUGGGCUGCAUGCUGGGGAGGCUCCCCGCGUCCCCGGUGGUGUGCGUGGACCACGCAGUCAAGUGUGUGGGGCAGAGCCUGUGCCAGAAGCUGCUAUGUGCCUGUGACCAGACAGCGGCGGAGUGCAUGGCCUCCGCCUCCUUCAACCAGAGCCUCAAGUCGCCAGGCGGACAGGAGUGCCAGGGCAGACAGGCGUCCUGCGAGGACAGCACCCUCGGAGGCUGCUCAGCCUCUUCUGACGGCUCCAGCUCCAGCUCCAGCUCGGAGGAGAACAGCGUGGAGGCCACGCCCCGCACACAGGGCCUCAAAAGAACCAGAAGGUUUCUGGGGAAGGCACUUGGUCCCCUAGGGACCAGGCCACGCCGGGCAGAUAAAGUCCAGCGGGCAGGAUGA